GGGCAGCUCACUCGUCUCUUCUACAGUUUCACAGGCCAAUCGUCACCGCCCGCGCUCGGACAUUUGGCACAUUCUCUUCUUGCCCGGAAAUCCGCGGCAAAUCAAACACGCUCAUUCGACUCGUCCCGAGCACCUGACGUCCCUUCUAAGUGCUCUGAACAGCUUCACUGUCUGUAUUUUCACCGACACGAUCACAGACCGAAAAGGAAGGAAAGAAAGAAUCAAAAGUGAAAGUCAUCGUAGUGGAAAGUGAUAAAUGCUUGAUACUAUAAAUUGAGUCAGGGAGAUACGACUAUUCUUGCCAGUAGUCACUAUCUCAUUUCAUUAUAAUCCAAACGUUGAGGUGUUCAACGCUGAUUAGGGACGAUAAAGAAGUGGAUUAAUAGUCCGUUGAAUCUGUCAUUUUACAAAUUCAGCUCUUGUUUUGGUUAAACUUCCUGGAUCUUGAAAUCUAGGGCGCAGAAUGUGGAGUCUUGCGAGACGCGCGGCCUCCAAGUUGGCCCGAUCCAGGCGCUUCUCGACGGCGAUUCCUGGUCCUUGUAUCGUUCACAAGCGCGGUGCUGAUAUCCUUCAUGAUCCCUGGUUCAACAAAGAUACUGGCUUUCCACUGACUGAGAGAGACAGGCUAGGACUUCGUGGUCUUCUUCCACCUCGAGUAAUAUCGUUUGAACAACAAUAUGAUCGAUUUAUGGAAUCGUAUCGAUCACUAGAAAAAAACACUCAAGGCCAGCCAGAUAAUGUUGUGGCAUUAGCAAAAUGGAGAAUUUUAAAUAGAUUGCAUGACCGGAAUGAGACUUUAUAUUACCGGGUCCUUAUUGACAACAUCAAAGACUUUGCUCCUAUAAUUUACACUCCUACAGUUGGUUUAGUUUGUCAGAAUUAUUCAGGCCUAUUUAGACGUCCACGCGGUAUGUAUUUCAGUGCAAAAGACAAAGGAGAGAUGAUGUCUAUGAUAUAUAAUUGGCCAGCUCAGGAGGUUGACAUGAUAGUCAUAACAGAUGGAAGUCGUAUUCUUGGUCUAGGUGACCUUGGAGUUCAGGGAAUUGGAAUUCCUAUUGGAAAACUUGAUAUGUAUGUUGCUGCAGCUGGUAUCAACCCACAGAGGAUACUACCAGUAAUGCUUGAUGUUGGUACAAACAAUCAGAAGCUACUGCAGGACCAUCUCUAUUUAGGACUCAGACAACCUAGGUUGGAAGGAGAAGAAUAUCUGAAGAUUAUUGAUGAAUUUAUGGAAGCUGUUUCCAAACGGUGGCCAAAGGCUAUUAUACAGUUCGAGGAUUUCCAAAUGAAGUGGGCUUUUGAAACUCUGCAACGAUAUCGGAAAAGGUUUUCCAUGUUUAAUGAUGAUAUACAGGGAACUGCUGGCGUUGCACUGGCAGGAUUACUUGGAACUGUAAGAGCACAAGGUCGACCUUUGUCUGACUUUGUGAACCAAAAGAUAGUUGUGGUGGGAGCUGGGAGUGCUGGGCUUGGUGUUCUUAAGAUGGCUGUACAGGCUGUCUCAAAAAUGUCAGGGAGUAGCGGGACAGCUGCAACGAAAAUUUUUUUCCUAAUUGAUAAAGAUGGUCUCAUCACAAAGGAGAGGAAGAACCUUGAUCCAGCGGCAGCACCAUUUGCUAAAGAUCCAAGUGAGAUUACUGGACUUAGGGAAGGAGCUAGUCUAGUUGAAGUGGUUAAAAUGGUCAAGCCCCACGUUCUUCUUGGGUUGUCUGGAGUUGGUGGCAUCUUCAAUGAGGAGGUUCUUAAAGCCAUGAGCGAAUCUGAUUCAACUAAACCUGCCAUUUUUGCCAUGUCAAAUCCCACCAUGAAUGCUGAAUGCACUGCAGAGGAGGCUUUUAAGCAUGCUGGAGAAGAUAUUGUUUUUGCAAGUGGAAGCCCUUUCAAAAAUGUUGAUCUGGGCAAUGGUAAAGUAGGCCAUGUAAAUCAAGCAAAUAACAUGUACCUCUUUCCUGGAAUUGGCUUAGGAGCUCUUCUCUCGGGUGCUCGUAUUAUAACAGAUGGAAUGCUGCAAGCCGCUGCUGAAUGUCUUGCUUCUUACAUGACAAAUGAAGAAAUCCAGCAGGGGAUCCUCUAUCCUUCUAUCAACAGUAUUCGACAUAUAACAGCAGAGGUUGGAGCUGCUGUUGUGCAAGCAGCUGUUGCAGAAGAAGUGGCAGAAGGGCACAGUGAAGUUGCACCCAGAGAGCUUGAGCACAUGUCAAAGGAGGAGACAGUAGAAUACGUGACAAGCAAUAUGUGGUACCCUGUUUACAGUCCCCUUGUCCACGAGAAGUAAUUGACCCCCAGUCUUAUGUUGCUUUCCUAAAUUGAUUACUUCACCAGCUUUGGAAAGCAGCAUUGAAGUGUGGGGACGCCAAAUAAGUAAUUGAUCCCCAUAAUUUAUUUAUUAUGCAGGAAUUUUUUCUAAUUUGAUAAUGUAUAAAUUUUCUUCUUCUUCUUCAUUAUACUCUAGAGAUAAAUAUGCAAAUUAACCAGCCGAUUCUUCUGGUUGGCUACGCUGGGCUGGGUAAGAUAUUUUGGUUGGAAUUGGCAAAUCGUGUCUAGCUAUUCCUGGAAAUGAAAAGGAUAGGGGAUAAAAAGGAGAAAUUGAUAAACAGUACUGGGAGUUUAGAUGCAGGAGGAUUCACGAAUUGUUUUGGGGUCAAAAGAUGUUCGAAUUCCUAGUGGAACAGAUCUAUACCAGAAUAUUCUUGAUAUAAAGUUAAAAUAAUUUCUCAUGUA